UUCAAGUAUGCGCUGGUAGUUUGCCUGAUACUGGAGCUGAUGGGAGGAAUAUUGGCUCUGGCGUUUCGCAACAAGACUAAAGACUUGGUGAACAAGAACAUCAGAAAGGGCAUGGUGAACUACUACGAUGAUCUAGACUUCAAAAACAUCUUGGACUUUGUUCAGCAGGAGUUUAAGUGCUGCGGGGCUGGAGGCUUUAAAGACUGGGAAGUCAACAUGUACCACAACUCUACUGGACACGGUCCGCUGGCCGGUGGAGUCCCACAUACCUGCUGCAUAAAGACUAAGCCUAAUGAAGUUGUCAACACUAUGUGCGGGUACAAACUGUUGGAUAAAGUGUCGUAUGAAUUGUUGAGUGUCAUUCAUACGAGAGGCUGUACUGAUGCGUUCCUCACCUGGGUGAAGGACAACUAUAAAAAGAUUGCUGUACUGCUGUUGGUCAUCCUUCUGCCUCAGUUUCUUGGGGUGAUCGUCAGCCAUCUGUACAUUGAUCGUAUUGAAGUCUACAUGGAAAAGCAGGAAGAUAUGCAUGCUGAAGCCUUAAAAUGGUCCCAGUGGUAUAUGCCAGUCAAGAAAAGAUAAACAUGGACCUCCAGCAGACUCGGGGAUGAUUAUAGAAACCAAUAACACCUCAUACACCUGUCAUUGGUUUUCUUUGCUUGGUGAACUUGUCUGUUAACACAAACCAGUGACGACACUUGGAUAUGUUUGUUUUUAACCACUAGUGCCCACUACAGUUGUGUUCUCCUCAUUAAAGGUAAAUCCUUCCAUAGAGGUUUACCUUUAAUGAGGUUUAUAAAUAUUGUCAGUGAACUUAAUAUAUUAAGUUUCAAUUUGGAUCUAAAUUAGUUUAGUAGAGUUUAGAAAAUGUGUUGAAAAUGUACUGUAUUGACCUUGGCUGGAGUUGAUUAGGUGUCAUUUUCUUAAUUCUAGUCCUAAAUGAAUGAUAGGAGAGACAUGGUUAAAAAAAUGGUUUUAGUUUUACUGAUAUAUCAAAUGGUAAUCUCAAGGCUACACACAGCGGUUCAUAAUAUUUCACAUCACAAUAGUAACAAAUGCAUUUUUGCAAAAUGAGAUUCCUUAAACUGUGCUUAAUGUAUUCAGCACAGAGCCUUAAAAAAUAAUCUUUUGUUACAGCAGAGUAUUCUUAUUGAUAAAAGAUUGAAAAGAUCCCACCUUUAAUUUGAGUACGUCAUGUAUAAUACUGUUAUGAAAUAAUUGUUUUUAUGAUUACCUUACCUGAUGCGCUAUCGCUGGUAACCCUGCUGUUAAUGCUUUUGUCCCAUUAUUGGCUAAAGGACAGCCCUUAGUCUUAAGGUUAACGCGUACAGAAAGAGAGCAGUCUUUGACUGCUAGUUUGUAAAAUCUCUCUAGGUUAUCCAGACCCUUGAGCUCUCUUUUGUGAUCUCUGUAGCUCACCCCACAAGUUUAAGUCUGAGGGAGCUGAGAUGGGCAUGAAAAAUAGCCGAUUCCUGUGUUUAUUUAAUAACAACAUGUUUUUAUUCUGUUGAAAGGUCCUGUGAUGACCCAUUCUCAGUUUUCAAGUAGAGGCCACCAGAUGUUUAUAUAAAGACUUGUAUUUCUAACAGUUCAGGCCCAGGGUGUAGCAGAUCCUCCACCGUACUUGACAUCGGACAGAAAGUGGGUUUCUCAGUGUUUGUUUCACACCAAACCCACCAGGAGUGAAUGUUCCCAAAGAAGUAUACUCUUAUUUUAAUCUGACCAAAAGCAGUUUCA